UAUAUUCUCAUCUCCUUUCCUUCGAAUCCACUGAUCUGAAAAGACUGGAGUGAGGGAAAUAAAUCACCUUCAUCCGCCAUAUUGCUUUCUUCUGUUUUUCAAAUCAGUGCCGCCUGAGCUGAAGGAAUAGGUGAUGAAGAGAGGACGCCAUUUUACACCAUUGGGAUACAGUCAUAGAUCUGCCAGUUUUUCUUACAACUAUGUGGGGACGGACCACCUGGUUCUAACCGGGUUUACGGCCAAUUUACAGAAUAUGCCUCAUGCUCCUCGGUAGUCCAAAACCUGGGCGGACCGCGUUAAGAUCAACGUGGUUUCCCCAAAUCAGCGCGGUUUCUAUCUGCAGCUGCAGGAAGCAUAACGGACAGAGAAAGGCAAGACAGCCAGCCAGAGGCCCGUCUCUACUACCAUGCAGCGGCCGGGUGGUCGCCAUCGCCACAAUGGCCACUCUCUGCUCCGCAAUAACAAUUCCAUGAUCUCAUACAUCGCUUCUCCUUCACCGCGCGCUUCCACCACGGGCGCCUAUGCGGAAUACUCCACCAACAACAACAGGCCGAUAAAGCCCGAGCUGGUCUGCAAAUGGACGGACCACGAGCACCGUGACCGAACUUCAAAACAAAGGAUAUGCGACCAAACUUUCAGCUCCAUGCACGAGCUGGUGGACCACGUAAGCACCGAGCACGUCGCUGGGCUCGAGCCCCUGAGCCAUGUUUGUAUGUGGGAAGAAUGCCUGAGAGAAGGAAAGGCGUUUAAAGCCAAAUAUAAACUGAUAAACCACAUCAGGGUACACACUGGGGAGAAACCGUUCUCCUGCACUUUCCCAGACUGCGGGAAAGUGUUUGCUCGGUCGGAAAACCUCAAGAUUCACACGCGCACGCACACAGGUGAGAAGCCAUUUCAGUGUGAGUUCUCCGGCUGCCUGCGGAAAUUCGCCAACAGUAGUGACCGUAAGAAGCACUCGCAGGUUCACACCAGCGCCAAACCGUACGACUGCAAGUCCCACGGCUGCUUCAAAUCCUACACACACCCCAGCUCCCUCAGAAAACACAUGAAGAUCCACCUCAACGCACUCAAGUCCUCUCCUACCUCCGAACCCAUAGACCUGUCGUUCACAGGGAUUCUUGGGAAACGUAGUUCCCGGGAUUACGUAGCUUCACGGACUAACUGCUCGUCCUCCAGGCUCUCGCUGGCUCCGACGGUGUCCAACAUGAAGGAGUGGUACGUGUGUACCAGGACCACAGGUCAGGGACAGAACUACCUCCAACUCACAGCAGACCAGAUCAAGUCAGAACCGUGCGGUGCUGAUGAGGAGUAUUAUAACCCCACGUAGCAGGAGGCUUUGCAUUAGGGACUGUGUCCACUACAAUGGAUCCUAAAUACAGGGGUAGAAGCUGUAAGAACAUGACAUGCCUAUCAAUAUGGCCAUGUGAUUAUUUAAAACACUUAUUAUUAUUAUUAUUAUAACCUUUUUAUUUAACUAGGCUAGUCAGUUAAGGACAAAUUCUUAUUUACAAUGACGGCCUACCCCCGGCCAAACCCGGACGACACUGGGGCAAUUGUGGGACUCCCAAUCACGGGCGGAUAUGAUACAGCCUGGAUUCGAACCAGGGACUGUAGUGACACAACUCCAUGCACUGAGAUGCAGUGCCUUAGACCUCUGCGCCACUCGGGAGCGAUGAGCACAACACACUUCCCCUGUCAAUAUGGAGAAGGACAGAUGGAAUGGAGACUUACUGUAUGUGUGAAUGUCUGGGCCAGUGUUCAUAAUGUAGCGUCAUGUAAGAGUGCUGAUCUGGGAUCAGGUUAGCCUCAUAAUGAUUACUAGAGAGAGGACCAGAUCCUAGUGCUGGUCUGGGAUCAGUUUAGCAUUUUAGAUCAUAAUGAAUACUAGAGAGAGGACCAGAUCCUACUGCUGAUCUGGGAUCAGUUUAGCCUUUUAGAUAAUAAUGAAUACUAGAGAGAGGACCAGAUCCUAGUGCUGAUCUGGGAUCAGAUUAGCCUUUUAAAAAUCAUAUUGAAAAUGAUAGCAUUAGACGAGGAGGACCUGAUCCUGGAUCAGCACUCUGAGGCUCUUUAUGAGUACAGGCCCUGAUGUCCGUGUGUUAUCUAAUGAGAAGCCGUAGCCAUGAAAUGUAUUGCCAUAAGAGAUUAAAGACAACACCCCUCUGAUUGACACCCGGGGGCCCGUAUUCACAGAGCGUCUCAGAGUAGGAAAGAUGAUCUAGGAUUUAAAAGACAAAACUGCUUUGUAAAUACGGGGCCUGAUCCGAGUUAGAUUCUUAAAGAUAUUUGAGCUGCGCUUGAUUGACUGUUUAUGGAGUUGGCACUUUUCUGAUUGGUCCAUUGGUUCCUGUGUACCAGGCAAACUAAAUCAAGCGCAUCUCAAGUAUUUGACAAAUGUAAUGGACUCAUGUCUGAUUGUAUAGCUACGCAUACUAAAGCAGAGCGUCCGGUGUAGUAAUCUAAACAUAAAGGUACCUCUGAGACGGUUUGCUCUGUUCAAUAACUGUCAGAUAGACUCUCUAAAGACUACUUCCAAUGGAAGAAAUGGUGACUGUUCCCUUGACAGCAGCUCCGGCCCUAUAGAAGCCAUGUUAUGAUGUACUUAAUGACUUGGGUGUAGAACCGUGAUGGGGUUUCGUUGAAUUCUGAAUGUGAGAAACGUUGCCAGAACCUCAUGAUGAGUCACUCUGUUUACAUGUGACUGUGCUGAUCAGUGUGGUGGUCGUUGCUGUGUUGACUUACAGCGACGAGGUUUAUUAUAGUUUCUGAACAUUUAUUAUUGUGUUUUAAAUCUAUUUUCUCAGCCUUUCAUAGUGCCUCAUUAAACCCUAUUCCCACAUUGA